GCGGCCUCAUCAUACGGAGCUGCCGGGCUGACCAGCCAGGCCGAAAUCACUUAAGACGCGUACACCUUGUAAUAGAAGGACCGGCACGGGGGGCGCGCGCGCGUCCACCGCAUAUCCACAUACACAUAUACACACACACAUUCACACACUAACGCGUCAUAUACUUACAAAAGCAUGCAUACAUAUAUAGAUACAAAGAUACAUAUACACACAUACAUACACACAUACAUAUAUAUAUAUUCAGAUCCAAAAGCAUGUACCCGUGUACGAAAGGACACGCAUAAUACAAACGAUCGGACACGGGAUAUAGGAUAUUAAAGGAUUUUGUGUGAGCGCGUUCGUGCAUUUAUUACAAAGGGAUCAAGCGAUAGAGAAGAAAGCGAAGGAAAGGCAAUCGUAACGGCAGCAGCAAAACACGCGUAUCUAUCAUCGCGUAUUAUCGUGUUCGUGAAACGCUAAAACAAAGCUUUUUGGCGUCUCCAAACACGCAUGCACAAAGAAGAGGAAACGUCGACAGAAGAAGCAGAAAUAUCGUCGUGGGUUGACGUCCUAUUCGCGAGAAGGUGUCUAGUUGUCCGAACGAAACGGGAACCAAACGAACGAACGGGACCAAGCCGUUUGAGACGCUAAGACGUAUGGUGUUGCGACGGGAAGACGUUCAUUGCCGUUGGUGUUGGUAGUGGUGGUGGUUCUGGUGGUGGUGCUGGUGGUGGUGGUGGUAGUGCUGCUGCUCGUGGAGGUGGUGGUAGUGGUGGUGCUCCUGGUGAUAGUAGUCGCUGGCCGCCCUUACAGAAAGACGCUGCUUGCUGCUGCUCGGAAGAGGGCUCCUUAGACCUUCUCGGACAUGAUGCCGAGCGAAGUGAUAAGAUUCUCGCGAAGGACGAUAUGACGAUACGGGAUAGCAUCGUGUUUUUAUAUCGCGUUGACUUACCGUAGACACUUAACAUAAUUACUUAACAUUACGCGAGUGAUUAUACGGGACGAACGGGACAAGUUGUUGGAACGAAACGAUUGAAGGGCGAGAGAGUUAAAGAGAGAAAAAAAAAAGAAAAUAAGUUGGGACUCGGCUGGAGCUACGAGAAACUUCAGAAAAUUUUACGAUUACGGGUAUACCAAUAGAAACAUCCUUUUCCAGUGUGAUAUUCGUGACAUUCGUCUUACGUUCGUGUCUUCGAUGCCUCGAACGUCUCAUCGUUUAAAACGACAUUCCUUCUCAUUUUUAUUAUCUCAAGUUGAAAGAUUUUGUGCGCGUUAUCGUACGCUCGCGUGUCAGUGUGCACGUGUGUCGUUUCACCGGGAUAACGCGGCUGCCUACGAAGACAAGAUUGACGAAUGACGCCGUAACCGUGGGCUGGUUGGUGCUCGGAUAUCAGAACACGGAAGGGGACAACAUCUUUCACACCGCCACGACAACGUUCACCACGGAUAGAGGAACCGCAGCAGGGAAAAUCGAGACGAGGGAGCGAGGGGCACCCAGCCCUUUGGCGAGUUCGAAGGAUGCAGCUCCCAGGCGGGAGCACGAGAAUUCCGCCCGCGAGAGCUCCGGCCUCCUCCGUUCGAUCGGUGAUCAUCAACAGCAACAACAUUUACAGUACCAGAAGCAGCAACAACGGCAGCAUCAAGAGCUGCAACGAAAGCACGACGAUAAACGACAGCGAGUGCGUAUGUGGUAGCAUAAUCGGCAACAGCAAUAGCAGCGACAAAAGUAGUAACAAUAACGAUAAGAAGAUUAAGAAGAAUAACAAUAAGAACGAGACGUGCAAGGGUAGCAGGAAAAACUUCAGCGAUAAAAACUUGAACGGAAGAAGAAGCGGCGUUGCAGGUCGUUUUUAUCGUCGUAGCGAGAACGCCGAUAAAGUAAGGAACGGCAGCGUUGGAAACGGACGGAAGAGUCGAGCAGUGAAGGAGAGACAUCAUCUCGUGGCGACUACUACGAGGACGAACCGCCGACACCGAGUCACGAAGCAUCCCCAGGUGUUGUUGGCGUCAGCCCCACGGCGGAAAGUGCGGAGCGAGGAAUAGUAAAAAGAAAACCAAGGGGAAGCGAGAAACGACGGAAGAGGAGGAAGAAGAAGAAGAGGAAGAAGGUGAGGAAGAAAGAGACGAGGAGGAAGUCAAAGUCGUCCGGCGGGAAGGAACAGAAGGGUGCCGGCCUCGUCGACGUUGUCGACGGCGGCGGCGGUGGUGGAGGAGGAGGAGGAAGAGGAAAAGAAGGAGAAGGAGGCGAAGGAGAAGGA